GGAGCAACUUCGUGACAGCGGAGUGUCCCGCCUCAAACCCGGCUGGGGCUUGGUUGGAAUCCGCUGUAAAACCUCCGUCUCCACAUGGCUCCACCGGCCAGUAACAUGGAAUUCCAGGAAAGCGGCAUCCAUGACGCAGUUACACCACACCUCUGUCCCUGUCCCUGAAUAAUCGCCCAAAAAACAAUGGCGCCUUUCUCUUUUCUCCGUCCGAUAACUUGGGACGCAUCCCCGAUUGACCGUCCGAGACGAAGCUGGCAUGGACAGUAAUGAAGCACAACGACAAACCUGCGAGGAGGAGGGGGGGAAGAUAAUCGACGCAGAAAGCCCUUUCGACGGUCCAACACACACAUAUCCAAAAGCGACUUCAUAUACACCACCGGUACCGAAAUCGAGAAACGAAUAUGCACCCGGUGCCAAUGUCGACCACAACACUGCUGCUGUGCCAGACGACCAUGGGCCACAAGACAAAAAGCCAAGCUUGGUGGGCAGGCUGGCGAACAGGUUAGGACUCGAUGCCGGUACCUUGAUCAUCAUGUUCAAGGGGUCACUACCUCCAACAAUCGCCAUUGCCAUGUACCAAGCCGCCCCCAUAACCGCCUAUUUCACCACUCUCGGCUACCUCGUCCCCAUCGUCAGCGUUCUCGCCCUGGCCAUUCUCCCGAGGGGAAAGUUUCUCAUGAACAUGAUCCUGAACCUCUUUUCCGUCUGCCUCGGGGCCGCCAUCUCCAUGCUGGCACUCUGGUCGGCUGUCAAGGCCCGGGAAAACACCAGAUCUUCUGCUCCACGUCCAGCGUCAGGAACAGGGGGUGGGCAGGCUUUGACCAUGGUACCAUAUAACUCUAGCCAGUCGGCUGUCUGCGCCGUCUGGCUGUUCUUUGGCAUUUGGCUGGGGAAUGUAGUGAGGGCCAAGCUGCCGGCCUUCAACUUGCCCGUCAUCAUCUUCAGCAUCUUUGUCAAUGUCGCGGCCACCUACGGACCUUUCAUGACAACAACUACCGGGGCACAGAAGUUUGUCAGGGAGUUGUUGACGGCCAUGCUCGUGGCACUAGCAUUGGCUUUUGCCGUCAAUCUCUUCGUUUUCCCCAUGAGUAGUCGGUUGGUGGUGUUCAAAGAGUUUGAGGGCGCGAUUGGGUUGUUGAGGAGGACAGUAAAAUUACAGAGAGAGUAUCUGGUGUCACUGGAGAAAGAGGACAUGUUUGCUGUCGCAAGCCAGGCAACGGGUUCAAGAGAAGAGAAUGGGAGGAGAUUGACCAAGGAAGAGAGGGCUGCAAAACAGCUGAAAGAGACUGGUGAUAAGAUGAGGCAGCUGGCGGGGAAGCUGCAUGCUGAUAUACCGUUUGCCAAGAGAGAUUUUGCCUGGGGAAAACUGAACGGGGAUGAUAUUGGGCAGUUGUUUUCGUUGUUUCGGAAUGUGUACAUUCCGGUGCUUGGGAUGAUGACCAUCAUCGACAUCUUUAAGAGAGUGUCGGAACACCGUGGGUGGAACCGUCUUCGCAAUGAAGACGAGCUGUCUGAUGACGAGAUUGCCGCCAAAGAAAAAGAAAAAAGGGUUUGGAACGAGGUCAUGAAACAAAUGCAUGAGCCGUUCGAGAUUUUGUCUGGAGCUAUCGAUCAAGGUCUGGAACAUGCUGGGCUCUGCUUAGGAUUGUUACCACGGCCAAAACUGGCACGAGAUGUUGAGGCCCAAGGCGAACAGGUUCGACCCGGCGACCCCAGACUUGCCAAAGUCAUGGAUGAAAAGGUUGCCGCUUUCUACUCCAAAAAAGGAGAACUGCUAAGAACUUGGGUCAGAGAGCGCGGCUUUCGCCUUGAGGACAAUGAAGACGGGUAUGGAGAAGAACACUUGACGGAGCAGCGAGAGCGAGAUCAGUCCCAGCUCUACAUUGUUCUUUAUAUGGAGAAUUUGAUGCACGCUUCAGGCGAGGCCGUUCAAGCACUUGUCGCGUUUGCUGACAAGAAGGUGGCCGAUGGGACUAUGUCUAGAAAUAGGAUCAUCAUACCGUCGAAUAAACGGCUAAAGAAAUUACUCCUCUCGGUAUUCAACAACGAAGACUCGUCAGGGGAAGAGUCGCCAGAUCUCACAGAGACCAGAAACACCAUCGUAUACUUUGGAGAUGGCUACAACCGAAAGAAGGAUCCGGAGCACCUGCCACCAGAAACAGCUUGGCAGCACUUUGGCAAUGGGCUACGCAAGAUUUCUGCUUUUUUGGGAUCCGAAGAGUCCAUGUUUGGGUUUCGAGUAGCUUGUGCUACCAUGACGGUUGGGAUUGUGGCUUUUCUCGAAGAAACCCAGCGCUUUUUUAUGGAACAAAGACUGGUUUGGGCCAUGAUCAUAAUCGCCCUUGGCAUGACAAUGACAUCGGGCCAGUCCUUUUUUGGCUUCCUUUGCCGAGUUGGAGGCACAGUCAUAGCUAUGGUGUUGUCCCUGAUCAUAUGGUAUAUCGUUGAUGAACAGCCCGCCGGCGCCAUUGUGAUCAUGUGGUUCUUCGUCUUCAUCAGCUACUACUUCUUCCUCAAAUACCCUCGUUUCAUUCCGGCCAUCAUGAUCACCAUCGUCACCCAAGUACUCAUUAUCGGGUAUGAGCUUCAGACUAUCCGACUUGGAAAGGAGAUUGCCGAACGAACAGGGCAGCCCUGGUAUCCAACAUACUUGCUCGCUCCGUAUCGUCUAGCUUGCGUGGCAGGUGGCAGUCUCGUUGCCUUUUUCUGGACGAUAUUUCCAUCCCCAUUGACAGAUCGCACCUGGCUCCGAAGAGAUCUGUCAGCAACUCUCUACCUGGUAGCCAACUACUUCGGUGUUAUCAGCAGCACGCUUCGGUCCAAUCUGGACGACACGGCUGGAGAUGUUGAUAUUCCCGGGACGCCAGCACAUCAGCUUCACAAGAUUAGCCGUAAAAUCUUUGGCAAGGUCAUGAUGCUGGUCCCCUCCAUGAUGCAGCAUUCCGAGUGGCAGCGAUGGGAGCCUACGAUAGGGGGGAAGUUUCCCCGCGAAGCCUACGACGACAUCAUUGCGGGAAGCACAAGAAUCAUGGCUUACCUCACCCUUAUAAGCUACACGCUCAUGCACCCUACGCGUGUUUAUCACGCCACCUCGAAAGAACACAACGGGGAGGAUGGCGAUGAAACCCAUAUCCGCAGCCGCGAAUGGCUCAACGCUCUCGCCAAGGUUCUGCGCACUCUGAGACCAACACAUCACUCAAUUCUGUCCACAUUGACGCUACUGUCGAACUCUCUAUUGUCAGGCCAGAGGCUACCCCCUUUCUUGCCCUUGCCAAGGCCGUACGAGAUGACGAGACGGCUGAUGACGCUGUCGUCAUCCAAGUCUUACCCCAAACAUGCCAACGACGACGAGGACAAUGGCUCCGAGGAAGGACCGGGCGAAGAAGAUGAUGAAGACAAUGAGUCGGAUGGCGCCCCCGUUAGACUAGUCGACUCCCGAACAGGGAGAGAUGACCGCGACGAGGACAGGUUGCUGCGGAAGCGCACCACUCGUUCGAGCCACAAACUUGAUCACAUCCCUGAGCACCACGAUGGCGGCCGUCCAAGGAAGAGAAGGCCGGUUGAGGUGAAUCUACUGGAUCCGAGAAACAUGGAACAGCCGGGAUACGCAGAGUUUGCCGUGCUGCAGGUAUGCACCACACUGGUAUGUGACGACCUGGAGGGGCUGGUCAAGGCGGUGAGUGGGUUGGUUGGUGUGGUCGACUUCAGUUUUCGGUACGAGGGGAGCGAGUCAACCUUGGGUGCCAACUCGGGGAAUGAGACUGCAAGUGAAGGGUUGAGACGAAGAAAAGGAUAGAAGGAGGUUUAGAUGUAUUGUGAGAAUAAAAUUGUAUAUAUUCCCUUCAUUAUACCAAAGUCCGAUCAAUGCUGGCUGUG